AUGCGGGCGGUGACGUGGUUGGUAGCCGCAGUUUAUGUGGUCUCUGGGACUGUAGCAGCCGGACCCAAAUUUCAUUACGGUUUUAGUGAUUGUGUUGAUAAUGAACGUACCCUUUUCUACUACUUGAAAAGCGAGGAAACAUGUUCAGCCAAUACAACAGACGAAGUACUAGCAAAACCUCCUGUUCAUGGUCUACGGUGUGAUGUCAAAUGUGGUCGUGGUUAUUAUCUUGGAGCCAACUUUUCUGAUACUGUACCUGUAUCAGGAUGUCAACGAUGUCCACAAGGCAAAUAUUCAUUGGGUGGUGGUCAAUUGUUUUCCCAACGGACAAAUGAGUGGAGUGCUCCACUGUCUGCCGACGUACAGACGGAUUGUAUCACUCAAAACAUGUACACGGGUCAUUGGCAACACAAUUGCAAUCCAUGGGAACCUUCGGCUGAUGGUUCCUAUAUCUCAUCGGGUGAAAAUUCUGGAGUGAUGGAAAUGUUUGAAGGCUUGAGACUCUACUCAACGCUGCGAGUCAGUGCAACUUUUGUACGAAACGGUUCAGUGACGUACAAAUACCGCGUGGAAGCGGAGAUGCCCUACGAUGGUUUGAUGUUCCAGAUAGACGACGAUCAAGGUGCUGGGUUGAUUUCACAAUCGAAUGGAUGGGAAGAAGCCGUUGUGCAGAUUCCUGCUGGCGCACACACGUUAGCAUGGAACUAUGUGAAGGACUAUGCUGGAGAUGCUGGGGCGGACAGGGCGUACAUUAAAGUGAUUGAACUAGUGGGCACGGCCUGGUCUGAUCUGCACUGUCAUACCUGCGGGGGAGAUAUGACCAAUCGUGGUGGUUCUCUGUGUGCAUUUUGUGGUCCUAAUGAGUAUGCAGAUGCUAAGUCCGAUAGUGAGUUGGAUUUCACGUGUUACCCGUGCCCACAUAAUUCGUACGCACCGAAGGGAUCGAUAGGUAUUUCGUCUUGUGUUGAGCAGCGUGCGUGCGCGAUGGAGGAUGUAGAUGAGAUGCAUACUGCGUGCAAGAACGGUGCACGUGAUGUCACGUAUUCGUGGAGCCAGCCGCAAACGUGCGAUUCAACAUUGAAGCAGAGCAUUAAACUUCCUCCACCGCAGAAAGGCAUUGAGUGUGCUAGCUGCGCACGGGGCUACAUACUUUCGGAUGGAGAUGAGUGUGAAGCUUGUGCUAUUGGUCAAGUCGUCACCCCUUUCGGUAGAUGUGAAGAGUGUCCUGCUGGCACAGUUGUUGUUAACGCGCUUGAGUUUGGUGUGGGAACACCGGACGUGUGGAGCUCCUGGCCCCCAAUCUUUAACGCCAAAGAAGCUCAGCGUGCAGGGUGGAAGCUUACAAAGAGCGGGGUGAAGUUUGCACAACACACAAGCGACGAUGAUGAUGCCGGUGACUGGAGUAGUCGUACGGCCUUGUCGUUCAAUGUGCCUUUCAUCCAUUCUGGUUCGCUGAACAUAACAUACGAAUUGAGCAAUGUUCCCACAUUUGCGACUGAUGGUGCACGUGCUUGGGUUGAGCUGGAAAUUCGCGACGCCGGCGACCGCAACAAAAAAACAAAAAGCAAAAUGGAUUUUUCAAGCGCGCUGAAUAGCACCGACAUUAGUACUGGUGACAUUGGCGGGACAGGCAAGAACCACAGAGUUGUCCAUCUGCAUCAUGGUGGUGAGAAUGGCACGUUCACCGAAGUUGUACACUUCAAUGUUACAGCUGCAUUAGUAAAAGAGUUUGUCUUUGUGGUGCGAGCAACCAGUGCCCAGGCGAAACGCUCGAUUGAGGCAAAAGUAGUAUCUUUAGGAUUUACGGGCACCCUAGACGGUGCCGGCGUGAACUGCGAUAGCUGCCCAUCAGGAUACGAACCGACAAUUCCAAACGACGACCAGCAAACGCAUGGCUGCCGUAUUUGCCCUGCUGGCACGUUUACUGAAUCAGGAGACUCAACUGGAAUUGUUGCAUGCGCUAAAUGCCCAGCAAACACAUACUCAAAGGAGGGAGCAGCAGAGUGCAUUCCAUGUGGUAUGAAUACUUACAGUAAUUCUGGUGCAGUGACUUGCGCCGCUCCUCAAGUGCUGACGCUGAAUGCUAGCUCGUCUAUGGAGGUGGCGGAGUUGCCAUCUUCGUCACCGUCUGCUGCCGUGUCGUCAGCGCUCGAUGGUUUGCAGUUGACUUACAACCUGUCACUAUUGGAGUCGCUUGUGUGGGGCAAUGAAAGCUGGAUCCUGGACGACACGGUUUACGGAGGUUCAACGAGUCUGCUUGGAACGAAGCCGGUGGAGUCUUCGAUGGUCUUUCAAGCGAACAGCCAAAACUUUUGGUUCACCGGACUUUUCCGCCCCCUCGGGAGCAGAUGGUUACAAAAUGUCCCAGGUCAGGUUGUGGACCAAGAAGUGGAUACGGACAGCGAAGUUGCAUACGUGGUCUUUGCCAGCAUGUUGAAUCCACACGAAGCGGGCCACUACAUUUUGCAAAAAAGUGGCAUAUACGGCGAAGUCUUGUGCUCGGCUCCAGCGCAAUGGAAGCUUGCGAGUGGUGGCAGCCAUAUGGACAUAUUGCCAUUACAAUCAGGCGCUGGUCUGAAGGUCUCUUUAACGGGUGGGUCACCAUGUGCCAACGGCAGGACAAUGUCAACAACGUUCAAUUUUGAGUGUGAUCUCAGCAGUGGCACGACUAGUAAACCUUCGUCUGCAUCACAUGACGAUAACGAGUGCAAUUGGGAUAUUGUCUGGAAGACUGCGUAUGCUUGUCCGAUCUGUGAUCGCGACUACUUCCACGAACUUCGCUCAGCUUGUAAUGGUGGUGAGCAGUUAGUAUCGUAUGCUCGCAAGUUAGCGUGUUACGGUGGUCCUGAAUCGGAGAGCUCUGAUGCGAUUGCUGCAUGUACGGAGAGCGCCGUCGUGCUCGAUACAAAGGCUCUCUACUCGGUCUAUGUGGCCGUUGUAAUUGUGGGCUUCCUUGUUCUGCUGCUGCUGAUGGCUAUUCUCAUCAUCCACCGCAAGUACCGCGACACCUACAACGAAUACAUGUACCUAAAGGGUAAAAUGCCGAUGGAGGACAAGACGCAAGACGAUGGAUCGAAUGAGACCACCUUUGAGUUUACACCGAGGCACAAUGCUUUGCACAGCUCUCCGCUAGGUGAUCCAUCAUCUUCACCUACUCUAUCCGACCAGAAUGAGAACAUUUUUGAUGCCAGUGCAGUUGAUGAUACCGAGCUUCACAGCGUUCAGAGCGUUUGA